AGCCAUUGGUGGGUCAAGCAACCUCAGCGUCAUCGCCGGCAGCUAGCACAGGGCAGCAUGGACAUACGAAGAACACGGAGUGAGGCCACGGCCAGCGACCUUUUGCAAGUGUGCUCAUCAAUGGCUGCUUGCAAAAGGACACUUUUGGCAGUUUCAGUCCGACUUUGGUAUGUUGCGUCAUGCCUUAGCAAGCAGAUGCGGCAGACCAUUGCCAAUGCUUCAAAGGAUUUAUGGGCGCCAAGGAGUCUUUGCCAAAGGUGCUGGACUAGCUGGGCUGCCUUCGCCGUGAGCCAGCGAGGAGAGAAGAAGCUGCUGAGUUUGAAGCCUCAAGAAGACCCAGAUGUUCACAGCGAAGAGCAGCGUGACAAGGCGCUGAUUCGUCACCACCUGGACUUGAUGUUUCAAAAUUACGAAGUGUUGCAAUUGCAGCAGGCUUUCCGCCACUGGUCUCACGCUUCUGGAUGUCAGCGGCGAUGGACGCUGCAGCGGACAGCCACAGAGAAGCAGCAGCGUGCCGAGCGCGCAUGGGAGGAAUCUCAGUGGCGGCAGCAGGAAGCGAAUCGCAAGCGAGAAGAGUGGGAGCUGUGGCUCCAUCAGCGGGCCAGUGAACUACAAGAUUUGCAGCAGAGUAUGGAUCAGUUCCGAGAGGAGCAGCGGCUUCGAGGUUCUCGGCUGAGAGAAGCUGUCUCAAGAUGUUUUGCCUCCACAACGGAGCAGUUGCGGUUGCUCUUUGCAUGGUGCAAUUGGCGAUCCAUGUCCAAGAGGAGACACGAACUCAGUCUUUCGCAACUGACUAUGAAGCUAUUGAUCCUGCAGAUUCUGGGUGCUUGGGCUACAUGGACAACCUCUUCACUCCGUGGGCGCCGGUUUGAAGAGCACCUGGAGUGCCUGGCCCAGCAGCAGAGGGAAACGGCCACAUCCCUUCUCCGGCGAGGGCUGCGGCGUUUGGAAGGUUGCUGUCUGGAGGCGGCCUUCCAUGGGUGGCUACGUCACACACAGCACACUGCCUUGAGUCUGGAUGAAAUUGUUGGUUCGCGUGCCCCCAUGGCGAAUGAAAGCGGCUCACAUGUGGCUGACCUGCUGCAGGCUGCAGCCAGUGUGCUGGAGGAAAGAUUGCUGUGGUUCUGGGAGCCGCUUCUAUCUGCCUUGAUGUUAUUUUGGUACAACUUGGCACAAGCCAGCAAACUGCAUUUCGAGCUGCAGAAGCAGAGCCAAGAACAACUGGACCUGGAAUAUCAGCAGUCUUUGCAGCGCUUCCAAGAGCUGCAAGACAUUGAGAGCAAGCAGUACCGAGCUGGCCGACAUGCACGCAGUUGUGUCAUGCGCUUGGUUUCGGACGUGAACUUCUACCUUUUGGAAGUGGUGCUUUGUGCCUGGAAGAUUCAGGCGGAAUCCCGUCAGGGCGGCUUCCCUUUGCCGACACCGGCGAGUGCAGCGGGCUGGCACUUUGGCGAAGGUUCACCACGCCUCGGGAGGAGCCCAUGGCCAGAGACCUUGCCGCCAUGGCCUUAGACCUCGCAGGCCGAUGUUCGCACCGGUGUUCUCAAUUUGGCCAACAUCAGCUUACUGACCGACUAGUCUGACUGUUUGACUUGGUCGUUUUUUUGGGAUGUGCAUUGACUCGUUCAUUCCUUGCGGUUGAAAGUUCCGACUUCUUGAUGAUCUUGCCGUGGCAACACCCUCUGGACUCUAUUUAUAUAUUUUUUAAAUAUAUUUACAUAUUUUUUGUUUAUGUAUUUAUCUAAUUUAUUGUCUAUUUCAGUUCUCCUUCUCUC